CUGUGUUUUGACCGGAGGCUGCUCACUCUAGAGCGCGUGGGUGAUAUUAGAGGAGAGCAGAGCGUGCAUUACCGGGCAUGCGAAGCGAGAAUGCCAGACAGGUCUGGAGGCUCCACACUGUAUCCCCCAAAAUCCCUAUAAUUACCGACAAAAACCGGUUCCUUUGAUAUCGAUCAUCCUAAAUCUGUACAAGACAAUUGGAUUUCUUGUCUUCUCUGAUUUGUGUCUCUAAGGAGGAGAGAUGAGAGUUCACUUCCCUACCAGUUGGAUAUUUCAAGGCUGGGUCACCCAUCUGGUUCUCAAUCUGUGCGCACAGAGAGCCCUCUCCAGACCCACCUGUACCCAGCAGCAGUACCUCAAAGACAAGAGAUGCUGCAGGAGGUGUGAACCAGGGUCCUAUGUGUUUGCAGAGUGUUCUGGGUACUCUGACACCAAGUGUCGUCAGUGUGGUCGUGAUGAGUACCAGCCUGACUGGACCAACGAGACCAAGUGUCUGCCACAGAAGUUCUGUGACACAGGUAAAGGUUUUAACCGUGAGAGGCCCAGUAACCCCCAGGCUGCGGUACCCUGUCAAUGUCAACCUGGUCUAGAGUGUUCUCCUAUCAACUGUGAGUUCUGUGAGAAGAUUCCUACCUGUGGACCAGGAUAUGGACUGGAGACUGACACUGAGGCGGGCAGGAGAUCUUGUGUUGCGUGCAAGAGAGGAUAUUUUUCUCCCAACACCUCUAUAGAACCAUGCAGACAGUGGACCAAUUGUAAAGGCCUGGGGAAGAGUGACAAAAAGACUGGGAGCGACCAGACUGAUGCUGUCUGUGGACCCCAUCUCUCUGGUUCCUCUACCUCCUCCUGGGUCCUAGUGUGUAUUCUGUCAGUCAUCACUGUCCUCUGUCUCCUCAUCCUCCUGCUCUUCUGCUACAAGGACAAACUCAAACUACUCUCAGUGAAUUUGCGAUUAUGUGUCCAGAAUCUGAAAAGGACCAGGAUACAGCAGGAGACUCUGGCCCCUCUCUACCACAGUGGGGGUGAAGGAGGUGGGGUAGGGGGGCAGAACUGCACCCUGUGUGAGAAAACCUGUUUGAUUGUCCUUGCUGACACCCCCUCAGAAACUCUACACACCUGUCCUACAGCCAUACCUGGUGACCGGGUCAAACUACCACCCAUUAAAGAGAUGAAGGAGGAGAGGAGGAGGGAGGAGGAGGAUGAGGGGAUGGGAAGUGAGGGGUCAGGGGAGGCGGAGGAGGUUUCUGAGGAGGCUGUGUGCGAGGAGGGUGUGUGUGUGUCUCCACUGUGGGCUGGCUCCUGUGUGUGUGUGUUGUCUGUGAGGGAACCUUUAGAGGUAGGAGAGAAUGAAGACUGUAGUCAGGCCGUCAACCCUGGAACCCUCGGGACCUGCUCCUGUGGAGGAGAGGGGGAGAGCAGGGAUGGAAAGAAGGAUGAAAGGAAAGAUGGAGGGAGGGAGAGGGCCAAGAUGGUUGAGGGCUUGCAAGGGAAGAGCUCUGAGAGGAGCUGUAAUACCUCCCCCUACUCCCUCUCUCCCACCUCCUCCCCCCUUUCCCCCGUCAUGCCGUCAUGUGACCUCUACCUGCCACUGACCCCAGCCAGGUCAGAGGUCAUAGCUCAGCUGAUUGACAGCUCACAGAGGAAAGUGGAUGGGCUAUACAGCAUAAGCUCCACCCCCACCACAGACACCACACCCACUUCAACCUCCACAACCUCUCCUGACCCCUCUGUAACCGUGGGAGACCAGCAGUCCAAGCUGAGCUCUGAGGCCUCCAGCAGUGAGCCAGACCAGGGACUUUCCUGGAGGGACAGUGGAGGAAACAAGCUCUUAUCUGGUGGCUCCGAGCUGGAGUGUGCCCCUGAUUGUAUCCAGAGCCAACUUGCGGAACCAGCACUCACCUCAGGUCAGGUGACGGGGAACAAUAACACCACCUUCAUCUCCAGCGGUCAGGUUAUGAACUUCAGCGCUGAUGUCAUCGUCGUCUACGUCAGCCAGACGUCGCUAGGCAACGAGGAGGAAGGGCCAGAUGAUGCAUUCGGAAUCCCCGUCCAGGAACAGGCCAAUGAGAGAGCUCCGUUGUUCCAGAGUUCUGCCUCCUCCAAAUGUGUCGGUCAUUCACCGCCACCGUCUCCAGGGAACUCCAUUACCCAUAACCCCCCACAGCAGGAUGACAACCUGCCAGUUCAGGAAGUAACUGAUGAGUUGCCCAGUGACUGAUGAAGUGAGACAAGAAAAUGGUGGAUAGUGUACCAUAAAGAGAGGAGUGAAGCCACAGACUUGUUGACACUCCAAAACCUAUUGCUACGACCUACUCGAAACAAUAGUCCAUCGUCUUCUUGGGUAGGUGCUAGGAAUUGGAACUGGGCCAUAGACUUAGAACUGGAACCUGGAGGACUGUGUUCCUCAUCUGGACCUCAUGGCUGUCUCAAUAGUCUCAUGAAGCCUCCUUUACUUCAUUGUCUCAUUUCUUUCAUUCUUACUGAUCUAAAAGAGCUGGACAACUGAAAUCAAGUCCAUGAGUUUGACUCCCUUCUUGUUGUUAUCCUUGGUGUUGAUUUGUUCUCAGAGCACCACGAGUGCGGUUUGUUGUUAAGAAAAAUGCUAUGCAUUUGUUGAGCUAUAUACUAUACAUGUAAAUGUGUUGUUUAUUUUCUAAAAUAUUUUUGAUGUUGGACUAAUGAAGAAAUCUUUGGAACGAAAGCCUUAUUGUCGUACUACAAAAACCAUGGAAGUGGAUCAGUGAUCCACACUCGUGUGAUGAGUAACCUUGUCUGAAAAGACUUGUGUUAGCUUUAGCUCAGAGGGCUAGCACACUCUUGUGGACAGCAGGAGACCCGGGAUUCAUCCACCUUAAUCAAUUGUGUUGACCCAAAGAGAAUAAAGACUGCACUAUGCAGAAAUCACUCCGCCAUUUCCUGGUUACUAAAA